AAACAACGCAACCAUUAGAAGGUUAGAAGCGCUUCCGGCUUAGGGGCUUUGUGAGCGCGGCUUCAUUCGCUCUCACACUGUUGCAUGCGUCUGUUUCAGCUCAACAGGCCUCCGCACACGGUGUCUGAUGGAGUGGCAGCCAGAUGAACAAGGACUCCAGCAGGUCCUUCAGCUCCUGAAAGACUCUCAGUCCCCAAACACGGCCACACAGAGAGCUGUGCAGCAAAAACUAGAGCAGCUGAACCAGUUUCCAGAUUUCAACAACUAUCUCAUCUUCGUCUUGACUCGACUAAAAUCUGAGGAUGAGCCGACACGGUCACUCAGCGGUCUGAUUCUGAAGAACAACGUAAAGGCCCACUACCAGAACUUUCCACCAGCAGUGGCAGACUUCAUCAAGCAGGAAUGUCUGAGCAACAUUGGGGACCCUUCUCCCCUCAUUCGCGCUACAAUCGGUAUCCUGAUCACAACCAUCGCCUCUAAAGGGGAGCUGCAGACGUGGCCCGAGCUGCUGCCUCAGCUCUGCAGCCUGCUCAACUCAGAAGAUUACAACACAUGCGAGGGAUCAUUUGGUGCCCUGCAGAAGAUAUGUGAAGACUCCUCUGAGCUGCUGGACAGUGAUGCAUUGAACCGGCCUCUAAACAUCAUGAUCCCUAAAUUCCUGCAGUUCUUCAAGCACUGUAGCCCUAAGAUUAGAUCUCAUGCUAUUGCUUGUGUGAACCAGUUUAUCAUUGGUCGAGCUCAAGCUCUGAUGGACAAUAUCGACCCCUUUAUCGAGAGUCUAUUUGCGCUGGCUGCAGAUGAAGACUCUGAGGUCAGAAAGAAUGUUUGUCGAGCACUGGUCAUGCUGCUUGAGGUCCGAAUUGACCGCCUUAUCCCACACAUGCACAGUAUUGUUCAGUACAUGCUACAGCGCACACAGGACCCGGAUGAGAACGUGGCUCUGGAGGCUUGUGAGUUUUGGCUCACGCUAGCUGAACAACCCAUCUGCAAAGAAGUUCUGUCUGGACAUCUGGUUCAACUGAUUCCUAUACUGGUAAAUGGAAUGAAGUACUCUGAAAUCGACAUAAUCCUGCUGAAGGGUGACGUGGAGGAGGAUGAGGCUAUUCCGGACAGCGAACAAGACAUUAAACCACGUUUCCACAAAUCUCGAACAGUCACCCUACAGCACGAGGGAGGUGAGGGAGAGGAGGGGGAGGACAUUGAUGAAGACGAUGAUGACGACGAUGACACGCUCUCUGACUGGAAUCUACGUAAAUGCUCAGCUGCAGCACUGGACGUGUUGGCGAAUGUGUUCCGGGAUGAGUUGCUACCCCACCUGCUCCCUCUGCUGAAGGACUUGCUGUUUCAUCCCGAUUGGGUGAUCAAGGAGUCUGGCAUCCUGGUUCUGGGUGCCAUUGCUGAGGGGUGUGUGCAGGGAAUGGUUCCCUACCUGCCAGAGUUGAUUCCUCACUUAAUUCAGUGUCUCUGUGAUAAGAAAGCUCUGGUGCGCUCCAUCGCCUGCUGGACGCUGAGUCGCUACGCUCACUGGGUGGUGAGCCAGCCGCCUGACUCCUACCUCAAACCACUCAUGACUGAGCUACUCAAACGCAUUCUUGAUGGCAAUAAGAGGGUGCAGGAGGCUGCCUGCAGUGCGUUUGCGACUCUGGAGGAGGAGGCAUGCACAGAGCUUGUUCCCUAUCUUGGCUUUAUUCUGGACACACUGGUCUUUGCUUUUGGAAAAUACCAGCACAAGAACCUGCUCAUUCUCUAUGAUGCCAUUGGGACACUGGCUGACUCUGUGGGCCAUCAUCUCAAUCAGCCUGAAUAUAUCCAGAAGCUGAUGCCUCCUCUCAUCCAGAAAUGGAAUGAGCUGAAAGACGAGGACAAGGAUCUGUUCCCUUUGCUGGAGUGUCUAUCAUCAGUGGCCACAGCUCUGCAGAGUGGCUUCCUGCCCUACUGUGAACCAGUGUAUCAGCGCUGUGUCACUCUGGUGCAGAAAACCCUCGCUCAGGCAAUGAUGUAUAACCAGCACCCAGAGCAGUAUGAGGCUCCUGAUAAGGACUUCAUGAUUGUGGCUCUGGAUCUCCUGAGUGGCUUGGCCGAGGGCCUUGGAGGUCAUGUUGAGAGACUGGUGGCUCGCAGCAACAUUAUGACUCUCCUCUUCCAGUGCAUGCAGGACACUAUGCCAGAGGUAAGGCAGAGCUCAUUUGCUCUUUUGGGAGAUCUGACCAAGGCCUGCUUCCUUCAUGUCAAACCCUGCAUUUCCGAGUUCAUGCCUAUUUUGGGGCUAAACCUGAACCCAGAGUUCAUUUCUGUGUGUAAUAAUGCCACCUGGGCCAUCGGUGAGAUCUCCAUACAGAUGGGCUCAGGUGACAGGAAGCAGGGAGGUGAUUGUACAGGUGCAGAGAUGGAGCCAUAUGUGGGGCUGGUGCUUAACAACCUGGUAGAGAUUAUAAAUAGACCCAAUACUCCCAAGACUCUUCUGGAAAACACGGCCAUUACGAUUGGUCGACUGGGAUACGUUUGCCCUCAGGAGGUGGCACCCAUGCUGCCUCAGUUCAUACGUCCUUGGUGCCAGUCACUCAGAAACAUCAGGGACAAUGAAGAGAAAGAUUCAGCUUUCAGAGGCAUCUGUUUAAUGAUUGGGGUAAAUCCUGGAGGUGUGGUACAGGACUUCAUUUUCUUCUGUGAUGCUGUGGCAUCUUGGGUGAACCCCAAAGACGACCUGCGAGACAUGUUCUACAAGAUCUUGCAUGGCUUUAAAGACCAGGUUGGCGAGGAGAACUGGCAGCAGUUCUGUGAGCAGUUCCCCCCACAGCUGAAGGAGCGGCUAUCGGCCUGCUAUGGCGUUUAGAUGCCCCUCUUCACUGACACAGGACACGCCUGUUAGGUUGAUUCUCCGGGAGGGUCACUGGGGGAACUCAUCCAUGUGUGUGUAUUGCCCUGCUGCUGGAGGGGGGAGGCUGGCACGACGAUCAUCCCUGCACCCUGUGUCUGUGUGAGGGAGGGUGGGAAGGGUGGGAGGGGGUUAGGGGAAGCCAACCUCUGCAUCAAACGCUGCGGUUUAGCGUCCCGCGCUCUGAGUAGGAAUUUUAAAUAAAAAUGGAAGCAAAAAGGGAUCUAGGCUGGGAUAGAGGGAGGGAGGGAACUCGUAGGCAGGGCUUGCCACCUGAUAACUCCACUGCUCUCUUCUGCUGCAAGAGAGCACUAUCGGGAGGGGGGAGGCUGGGUGGCACCAAUGUACCCACCAAAAGUACAGUCUAGUCUAAGCCCUGGCACCUCGACUAGACGCCUAUAGCACACAAGCGCAUUCAGUAGACCGGCACACUUGUUAGACAAGCUUAAGGCAACCUGUUGCCCGGGUGGUAUUUCUGUAAUGCAUUCAUAAGAAAACUACAAUACCCUAAAAUGUAUUGGUUGACCACAUCAAUACUAAAAUGACUUUUAACCACAGGGAUUGUUGGCUAGAGGUAAGGCACGAGAUAUUUAUACCAAUAGGGAGAUAAGUACUAGCACCUUUUUAAAAUACGUGAUUAUUACCAGUAAGUACAGUGCAUAUUGUCUCGCUUUCAGGCUGUUUUGCAUAUUUUCAAGCUGUUGUCAUUGUAACCACUUUGCAGCUGGCAGUUAAGGUCCAUUAUUCUCCCCGGCAGAGUGUUUCGUGUUGACUCUUAUUCUGCUGUAACCAGAACAACCUUCAGGAACUGUAACUCUAGUGCUCACUGUUUUUUCCUUUCUUAUGCUUGCUUAGAUAAGGGAAUGAUAAAGGUUUGCAUGACUCUGGACCCUUGGAGAAAUCAGUGCAAUGUGCAGGUGUCAAGUUAUUUUUAUUUUUUUUUUUUGUUUUCUUUUUUUCUUUUUUUUUUUAAUUUCUUUUUAACUCAGAGAAUCUCACUGUACAGUGUUAGCAGGUGUAGCUUUAUUGUGAAUCUUCUGUUAGGUCAGUGCGGAUCGAUGUUCCAUUUCCUUCUUCAGCAGUAGUUUGUGAGCCGCGUUCACAUCUAGAUUUACUCCACUAAGAAACCAUACUGCAGCCUGACCUUCCUGUAAAUUAAGAGAAUGCGCUGCUAAUGCUUUUAAAAGCAUAUGUUAUGAAUUAAAUGUUAAGGUGUCCGAACCCAUUAAGGAGUUUUAAUGCACUUUCUCUUAUAUGGAAUUUCACACAGCAAUCCAGCUGGCUGCAUUAAUGUCCGACCUGGUUAAAGGCGGGCUCCACGUAAUGACACAUUCACAGUGCGAUAAAGAUUAAAUGGUGGCACACAAGCAAGCGCGUAAAGCGUUUAACUGGUAGUCGACUGUACUGACAGCUUUUAUGUAACCACAUUAGACUGGUUAGAACAUUUGAUAAAGCCAUGUGUAGGCAUGUCAAUGGCGUAGAUGAUAUAAAUGCCUAGUCUAAUUAAGUGGCAAAUUUCUUCCAAGCUUAAAAGACUAAUUUGUUCAUUUCACUAUGUGCACUGUGAUUCAACUUGUAGUUUAACGUAAAAGCAAACGAGUGUCUCAAACUUUUAAUGAAGGAAAGUUUUUUGUGUAGCUAUGGCUAGGCACUUAAUGCCGAAUUAAAAUUUUCUUGUACAUCUUGAUAAGACAAACACAGGUUAUGAGAUGCAUUGAAGAAUUGCACUGUUUCCCAGACAAAGCCCAUAAACACUUGCAGUUUGUUCAGUGUGUUUGCCAUAUUAAGCUGACUUGACCUGAGGCCUUAUAGGAUGCACACUUGACUCAUCUCUGCACAAUCCUACAUAUUUGGCAUUAAUACCAAAAACGUACAAAAAGCAGAGGCUGUUUAUAUAGCCAUAAAAGCAAUAGCCAUGUCUCUGCUACAUUGCAGACGCUCGUGUGUCUUUGAGGUCCUCCAGGUUUGUGUUGUCUUAAUUAAACUCGAUGUAAAGUAAGUUUAGCAUGCAUGAAAUGAAGACUCAGUGUGGUGCUUGUAUAACGUCUUUUCUUCUGGAUUUAAGUUCCUGUGAUGAAAUCAUUUGACCACCACUGAGCCAGUAAUGUGUGAUUUGAAGUACCGUUUCAAAUUUAUUUGCUUCUUCAAUAAUAGCAUUGACAAUCUACUGAGCAUCCACUGUCUACUCUUUUGCAAGCUGCUCCUUCCUCAGGAAGUAAGGAAAUGAUGAGUCAAAUUUUGUUUGAUAGGAAUUCAGAGGAGGGGGAUAACACCAAGUAAUCAAGAAUUUUCUGCACGUUGUUUUCUAUCUAUAAACCGAUCUAUUGUUAAGUAAUUAAUGUUGAAGUAAUUUGAAGUUCAUCCUAAUGUGUGCAGGCCAGCCAAACCAAUUCUAAUCAGACAAAAAUAUCUGCUGUGAUCUCCGUUACAACAAAUACAUUUUCUUAAACAAUGCACAGCAAAUUUCUUCUGCAAUAUGAUUUUGUCCACAUGUGCUUUUUUAUUUUAUUUAUUUUUUUUGUUUUUUUGUUUAUUUUAUUUUGAUUAUAUUUUGUGUUUUAUAAGCACAAAGAUUUAUUUGGACUUUAAAAGUUUUUUUAAUUAUUUUCUUUUGUUUAAAGAAUUUUGUUUGUUGUUUAUCAACCAGUUCUAAUGAGCAUUAUUUUUUUUAUCAACAGUUUCCAACAAGCAAUUAAUAUGGAAGGAGGGGAAUGCAUUUGAGCCUGUACUGUGUACUUAGGGAAAAAAAAUCUGCUGACUGUAGUGGUUUUGUUUUUGUUUUUUUUCCUCUUCCACACCGUGGUGCAAACUCGUUUAUCUCUCAUCACCUUUCUGUUUUAAUUCUGUGAAACCUGGAAAUAAAUUCUUUUCUACCAAUGGGGUAACAA